GCGCGGGGGGUUGUGGGGGUGAGUGAGGAAGUAAAAUGGCGGACCUGGCAAACGAAGAGAAACCUGCCAUAGCUCCACCUGUGUUUGUGUUCCAGAAAGAUAAAGCACAGAAGAGAUCAGCUGAGGGUUCCAGCCCAGAAGGUGGAGAAGAUUCAGACAAGGAUGAUGGCAGUUACUGUCCCCCUGUGAAACGAGAGAGAGCGUCAUCUCUAACGCAGUUUCCCCCCUCGCAUUCUGUGUCAAAGAACAAUGUAUUUAUGCCCUCAAGUUUCUGCCAGUCCCCAACAGGAAACUCCGACUCGGAACCUGAGGAGAAGACUGUUGGGUUUCGUCUGAAACCGCCUACUUUGAUCCAUGGCCAGGCACCAAGUACAGGUUAUCUUCCAGGUGUCCCAAGCCAGAAGCCUAAGGAGCAGCAUCGCAGCGUCCUUCGCCCAGCACUCUUGCAGGCCCCGCAGCCGAAGGCUUUCUCACAAUCUAGUUCCAGCAGUGGAACCAAUGGUGUAAAAAAGCCCCCAGAUUCCUCAUCUGAAGGUUUGUCUGCAUCCCAGAAUAACACAGAGGCCUCAGAAAGUGCAACAGCGGAAGCAUCAGGAGCCGCAAAUAAUGAAAAGAAUGCGGAUGGCAUGAGCAGCGCCAACGAGGAUCACGCAGAGGAGAAGCAGCAGCAGCCAGCUGAAUCAGACUUUGUGUUUGGGCAGAAUGUGGAAGAACGAGCAAAGGUUGAAAGCGGAGCUCCCUCUGUAAAUACAGGUGGUGGUUCCUCUGGUUCUAAAACAGCAUCAGGAGCAACAAACUACUUCCUGCAUUACAGCAGCACCUCCAGCACGCUGGGUCCUGCAAACAACAAAGACACAGAAGCAAAGUUUGUUUUUGGACAGAACAUGUACGAGAGAGUAUUGAGUCCCCCGAAGAGCAGUGACUCAGUUACUGAGGGUGGCAAGGAGAGUGCUGCUGGAUCGAUCUCUGAGCCUUUCUCACUGGACGCCACUCCAGAGAAACCUAGCAGUGCUGUGAUCGAGUCUUUGGAAGAGUCUGCAGCAGCUUACACCAAGGCGACAGCUAAGAAGUGUUUGUUGGAGAAGGUCGAGGUUAUAACAGGAGAGGAGGCAGAGAGCAACGUGUUGCAGAUCCAGUGCAAGCUGUUUGUUUUUGACAAGAGCACCCAGACCUGGGUGGAAAGAGGCAGAGGGCUGCUGAGAUUAAAUGAUAUGGCAUCUACACAAGAUGGGACUUUACAGUCAAGAUUGGUUAUGCGGACGCAGGGCAGCCUGAGACUAAUUCUCAACACCAAGCUUUGGUCUCAGAUGCAGAUCGACAAAGCCAGUGAAAAGAGCAUUCGAAUCACAGCCAUGGACACAGAGGACCAGGGAGUGAAGGUCUUUCUGAUAUCUGCAAGCUCGAACGACACGGGCCAGCUGUAUGCUGCCCUGCACCACCGAAUCCAAGCGCUGAGGAGCCGGGCGGAGCAGGAGCAGGAAACCAAGAGCGUUCCGGCUGAGCCCGAAGUGCCCCAGUCUAACGAGGAGGACAGCGACGAGGAUGACAUCCUCGCUCCGGCAGGCUCCGCCACAGCCAGCGGGUCUACAGAUGCAGGAGAGGCCCAGGCUAGUGGAAGCACAUAGCGCCCCUUUCACCAGUCUACUUGCAAGGUGGCAGCUGCUGUGGCAUCCUUGCAGGCACCUCCC